GACAACAACAGGUACAUCAACGGCCGGGGACAACAACGGCUCUCAGAACCAUUCGGAAACACAGCGUCCAUAAAGAGACACGCACUCAGCAUGUACGGGAACUCUCCUGGACAAGAGAGCGGCUCCCUGGCACUCACCUUCCUGGGGAAGAAGGUGGGAAGACACCAUGCAGUUGCUCCUGCAGGCCAACAGCGCGCCUGGGAGACGACCAACAAGUCGUCAGAUGUCGAGGAGUCCACCGUCUCUUCAAGGGUGGUGCACGCUCCGGUGGCGGCGGCCAUCUUGGAGGACCUACCUGGCAGCGUGCCAGACCUUAGAGAGGAUUCCCGGCGCCUGGCAGCCUGUCCGGUUUACAGCACACACAUCCACCAGAACCCAGAUAACACUGCAGGUAAGAUCCGGGUGUUCUGUCGGAUCCGGCCCGUGAACCGGGCCGAGGCGGCUCAGGGGGGGGUCGUCGUGGUGGAGAAGCUGGACGAUUACUCGGUUGCCGUGGAGACCCCCCGUGGACUGAGGGAGUUCCAGUUCGACCGGGUGUUCAGCACUGAAAGCUCCCAGGAGGAGCUGUUCCAGGACACCCACAGAAUGAUCCAGUCGGCCAUCGAUGGCUUCAACGUGUGCAUCUUUGCGUACGGCCAGACGGGCUCAGGCAAGACCUUCACCAUGGUCGGAGACAAGGAGUACCGGAGCCCGGGCAUCAUGCCCCGCGCCUUCACCGCCAUGUUCGACAUCAUCAAGGACAACAGCACCCGGUUCGACUGCAAGGUCUCAGCCUACAUGCUGGAGCUGUACAACGACCAGCUCCAGGACCUGCUGGUGGGCCAGGCGGGGGAGGGGCCGGCCACGCAGGCCCCGCCCCACGCCCCGCCCCGCCGGGUGGAGAUCAAGAGGAACAGGAAGGGCGUGGUGUUCGCCCAGGGAGCGGAGACCAAGCAGGCCACCAGCGCCCCGGAGCUCCUCGCUCUGUUCCAGCAGGCCUGCGCCAACCGGCACAUCUCCUCCACCAAGAUGAACUCAGAGAGCUCCCGCUCCCACCUCAUCAUGGGCAUCAUGGUGGAGAGUAGGAAUCUGACCAACGGCAGCGUGAGCUGUGGGAAGCUGAGUCUGGUCGACUUGGCAGGCAGUGAGAGAGCGGCAAAGACCGGCGCCAAAGACCACCAGCUCAAGGAAGCUAACUCCAUCAACAAGUCGCUGAGUGCCCUGGGUGAUGUGAUAUCAGCCCUGUCCUCUGAACUGCCUCAUGUUCCCUACAGGAACAGCAAACUCACUCAGGUGAUGCAGGAUUCCUUGGGUGGCAACGCCAAAACCCUGAUGAUCGUCAACAUCUCUCCCUCGCAGUAUAACAUGGACGAGACCCUCACCUCCCUAAUCUAUGCCACGCGAGUCAAGGCGAUCACCAACCACGCUCAGAGAAACCUGGAAAGCAAGGAAAUCGCAGCUCUCAAAGAGGUGAUCUUGAAACUGAAAUCUGGACAGACGGUCGAGGAAGAGGAAGUCUGAACUCUUCCAAAGCAAUUUUAAUUGUGUUGUUCUGUGACCAUUCUUCUAUCAUAUUUGGCUUUAACUUUUGAUUCUGAAUGUGUUUAUUUGUAUUUUUUAUAUUUAUUCAUGGAAGUCAAUGGACUAUUAUCUGACUGUACUGUACUAAUGACUGUAAC